AAUUUGUACAGAGAGACAAAAAGAAAAGUGUGCCUGCCCCCUGCCCCUUUUGCCCCCCUUUCCAUUCGAUUCCAAUUCCGAAAUAUAUAUAAACCUAUAUAUGCAUAUGUAUGUGGCAAAACAGACGAGAUAUACGACACCCAGGCUGUGUGUUUUCUGGUUUUUACCACAAUUCUCAUUGGAUAAAACGAGAAACAAAAUAUGUGUCUAGUUGGCACUUUGGAUUUGGACGACAAAUAAUUUUGUUUUAAUAUUUGGGAGACACCAAGGAGAUCGUUUGCGAGAUUUCGACUUUCGAUUCAAUUCGAUUCGAUUCGAGUUAUAUUUUGUAUUUUUUCUUAUUUUGUUCGUGGUUCGUGGUUAAAAAAGUUUAAAAGCCAAACGCAUUCCAAGAGGAGUACCUAUAUUUUUUUGAAAAUCAAAACUCAUAUAAAGUUCCUAACUAAGAGCUCGAGGCCUUAUUAGGAUUCUCCAAAAACGGAUUUAACAUAAAAUGUAAUGCCGAUACAGGCGCCCUCAUGGACAGACUUUUUAUCCUGUCCCGUUUGUUGUAACGAGUUUGCAGAAAAUCAACGUCCUCCAAUAAGCUUAGGAUGUGGCCACACAAUAUGCCGCACUUGUUUAGCCACACUUCACAACAAGCAAUGUCCAUUUGACCAGACCUCAAUUACAACCGAUUUAGAAAAUCUACCUAUUAAUUAUGCUUUGUUGUUGCUGGUCACUCCCAACAACAGCAGUGGCUGCAUUAGUGGCAGUGGCAGCAGCAGCAACACCACUUUCAACAAUGGUGCACAAACAACGGCUGCCAGUCUGGCUGCUGAAUCAGAAGCAUCUGCCACAACUAUACCCAGCGUUCAAAGUCUGUUGCCGGACGACAAACAGUGCUAUAAGCUUGGAAAGAAAUGCAUCGAAAGUCUCGCCCUACAUUUAAAGCCAUUCAUAAACAAUGGUAAUUUCGGAAGUCUGCUUUCGCGUCCAAUGCAACGAAAAUUAGUCACUUUAGUCAAUUGCCAAUUGAUGGAAGAUGAGGGAAGAUCGAGAGCAUUGAGAGCAGCGCGUUCGCUGGGCGAACGUACUGUCACUGAACUUAUAUUGCAACAUCAGAAUCCGCAACAAUUGAGCUCAAACUUGUGGGCAGCUGUACGAUCACGCGGCUGUCAAUUCCUUGGUCCGGCCAUGCAAGAAGAAGUACUUAAACUAGUUCUAUUAGCCCUGGAAGAUGGAUCUGCUUUAUCAAGAAAGGUUCUCGUUAUGUUUGUUGUUCAACGUCUGGAGCCACACUUCCCGCAGGCCUCUAAAACCAGUAUAGGUCAUGUCGUUCAGCUGUUGUAUCGUGCUAGUUGCUUUAAGGUAUCCAAAAGGGAAGCUGACUCUUCGCUGAUGCAGUUGAAAGAAGAAUUCCGUACAUAUGAUGCCCUGCGACGGGAGCAUGAUGCCCAAAUCGUCCAAAUAGCAACGGAAGCCGGUCUUCGCAUAGCCCCUGAUCAGUGGUCGUCGCUUCUCUAUGGUGAUACCAUUCAUAAGUCGCAUAUGCAAAGUAUUAUCGACAAACUCCAAACGCCACAAUCAUUUGCUCAAUCAGUGCAGGAGCUAGUAAUUGCUCUUCAGCGGACUGGGGACCCGGCAAAUCUGUCUGGCUUGCGAACUCAUCUCAAACACUUGGCCAGCAUCGAUUCUAGUGUAGAAAAUUCAGUUCCCACAUGGCAAGAAGUGGCCAAAGCGCUGGAUGCUGUGAAGCAAGUCGUCAUUGGCCUUGUGGAAUUUGUUCAACAUCAUGGCAACCGCAAGCUGCAGGAAUCAUCAACAACUAACCCCAAUACUAAGUAUAAAAUCAGUCUUUGUCGAGAUCUGACACUUCGGAGAAUCUGUCCACGUGGAACCAGUUGCACGUUUGCCCAUUCUGAUGAGGAACUGGAGCGGUACCGGGCGAAGAAUAGAAAGAAUAGUACAAAAACUCCAAUUGCAAACACGAAGAAGACUGCUUCAGAUUACCUGGACGCACCGCCGCCUUCGCUGUCCUCAUCGUGUCUCCCACCGGAUGAAUUACCUUCGCCUUUGAGAUUUGGUAGUGUAGUUAGUAAACCAUCGCCCGUAGCGUCCAUGUCAGCGCCUUAUCAUCCACAACCGCAAGUAGGAAUGCCAUCAGCACCACCUAGCUAUGUGGAUUUGAUCCCACCGUCAAUGCAUGGGCAAAGUCCGGUUCCGCAAUCCCAAAGGCAUCGCUACGACAGCCACUACUCGGCAUUAAAUUUUCCGCCACCACCUCCUUUGCCAAGGAAUUCUGCGUCUGUGCUCGGAAGCGGCAUGUCGCUGACAUCGCCUCGAUCCCACCAUAGCAAUUUUCCUCAGUCUGGAACACAGCAGCCCCCUAUAAAACAACCCGUAUUCCACACAAAAUCAUGCCCAACUGCAAGCAGCUUUGGGCCAUCGGAUAUGUACACGGGUUCGUCUGGUUUCAAUAACCAGGUUCCAUCUUCAAUGCAACAAUCUGGAAUACGACCUUCACGACAUAAUCCAGUUGGUCAUACAACCUCCUACUUGGGCAGUGCCAAUGAGUAUGGAAAACUCACCGUAGAUGGAAUCCGGCAGUCAAAUCUAUGGGACCAUCAACGUCAGCAGCAUCAACACCAACACCAGUCAACGCAGCACCAGCACCACCAUCAGCAGCAGCAACAACAACAACAGCAGCAGCACAGUGGAAAUCUUAUGAACAUUGGUCUUAAUGCUCAAAGUGCUUCAUCCUAUAUGAGUGGCAAUAGCACUAGCAACAGUGAUGCUCCCUCCAGUCCUAUAUUCCCCAUCCAUCCGGACAAAAAACAUUUAGAAUAUCUCAAGGAUCUUGAAUUCACAAAGUCAUCUGCAGCCUUGAUGAACGGUAGCAAAAUAUAUAAAAAUUCUGCUGCUUCGCAACUGGCUCAACUGGUAAACAGCAACAGUAGUAGCAACUCAUCAACAAGCACCACCAAUAGCAACAACCAUAGAAGUAAUUCUAUUCUAUCCAAGGAUGAUCUUCUGAAUGCGUAUUGGCAGCAGGCGGCAUCUUCCCAGAGCCUUCAAGACGUUAGUGCAGCGGCAAACUUGUUGCGCGAUACACGUGACAGCUUUGUUCGUUCUGAUUCGAUUCUUGACGAGGAUAAUCUACCUUUUGACGUUCCCACCUCCAUUAGUAAAUUCGGUCCAAUUUGCCCAAUGUACAAGGGCUUUAACCACGUAAGCGAUAGCUUAGGUGCCAGCAAUAAUAGUAUGAACAACAUUGGAGGCCUAGCUGCUUUCCAAGAAAUCGCCAAUAGAAUGAGUGGUCAAUCAGGAUCGACACAGUCAUGGCUUUACAACAAUGACAAUACCAACUCAAACUCCAAACAGCAAAUGGAUCCAUCAAGCUCGUCGUCGUCGUCUUUGUUUAAUAACGAUGCACUUGCAGUAAAUGUUAAUUUCGAGAGGUUUGGUGUAGGAAGUGGUCAAAUAAGCAAGCGUGAAAACAGUAAUAAUAAUUUUAGACAAGUCACGAGCACGAACAACUUUCCAAAUCUUAGAGAUUUGCAGAAGUUCUCAUCCGAAUUGCAGUCGUUCAACAAUAACAAUAACAACAACAACAAUAAUAAUACAUCACAGGGAAAUAGCGGCAACAGCAGCAGCGGCGGAACCUCUUCACAACACAACAUCAUUAGUCGUCAUGCAAGCAAUGCGGCAACAAACUAUGAUUUUGGUCUUAUAUUGGACAGUGGGGAUAGUAAUAUUGCUGGAAAGCACACUUCUCUAAGUGAGUCUCUUUGGAACAACAAUCUUCCAAGAAAGCAGCCACCAAUCGGUUCAUCAAACUUCUGGGGCGAUGCUACGUCAUCGUCUAAGGAAGUCCUAACGACAAAAAACCAAGUUCCUGAAGAUGAGGUCGGAAUCGACAACGGUAUGAGAGAAUUGGAAAUAAGAUUAAAAUCAGAGCUCGCAAUUGAGGAUUGAAAACGAAACGGCUGAAAUUCAUAAAAUGAGCAACAAGCAAAAGGUUGGUGAUCGAUAUUUGAUGUUCUGUGAGCAGAAAAACAAAACAAAAACAAAAACAAAAGAAAACAAAACAAUUCAUCAAACUGUUUACCCUUAUUUAGUUUUAUUUUUAACUAUUAUUUAAAUCUGAGCGUUUUGAGAUUGGUUAUACAAUUUUUUUUUUAAUAUUUCAAGCUUGAGCUUAAACUACUUCUUUUUUUAUAAUAGUUUAUUAUUAUUAUUAUUUUAAUUCUAUUUAGACAAAUUGAUUUUAUAUACAAUUUAUAUACAAAUCACUUAGACGCAUACAAAAAUGAAACAUAUAUAUAUUUAUAUUAUAUAUGUCUUAACAUAUAACAAGCUAUAUAUUAAUAUAUUUCUUAAAGAAAUUUAUAUAGGUUUUAUGAAACACAAAAAUGGGACAACUACAGAUAAAUACAUGCAUAUAUAUAUAUUUUUUAAUCGUAAAUUUUCCACUUCCAUUUAUAUAACGCAUCUUUGUUUUUUCAAGUGUAAUAUUUAAAUUAAAUAAUUUAAAACAAAAAGAGUCAGCGAGAAUAAAGCUUUUGCAGGCAUAAUGCAGUUGAUUAUACGUAUCGUUACGUGUGUGGUAUAGUUUAUGGAUGCGUGCGUCAACUUUGCAUUGACAGACUAUAUUUUAAUAGUUUUGUAAAAUGAUUUGAUUAUUAUAAAUAUCGGUUGGCAUUGUUUUAUAUAUAUUAUAAAUGUAUUAGCAAAAUGAAAAUUAUUAGAGCUAGAAUCCAUGUUUCAAUUUUGUUUGUAUAGUAAAUAAAUGCGCGACUUAUUUAGAUAUUUAUUUGCUAUUAUCUCUCUAGUUAGAGAAAAAUAUAAGUUAAAUAAAUAAAAUAUUAAUAUUUACUAUUGUAAAGAGCAUACACAACAUAUAUUAACUAUAUAUACAUAUAUAUAUUAUUGACUUUUUUUUUUGAUAAAACAAAUACUAUUAUUGAUUUAUACAUAAAUUCGCAAAUCUAUUUUUAUAGACUUUCUCAGCAAUUUUAUUUUGUUUGUUUGUUUAAUUGAUUAAUAAUAAUUAUAUUAGAACAGAUUAAAUUAAAAGAAAAAAAAAUGUGAUGUUUUUUUUAACAUAUAAAAUAUAAUAUAAUUAUUUUUAUUUUAUGUAACUUUGUAAUAAUAUUUCUUGUAGUAAGCAAAACAAAAAUGGAAAGGGUUAAUGGUGUUCAUUUUUUAUGAAUAAAAUUAUUUAUAAAACGUAUUUAAUUAAAUCAAUCAAAUAAUAAAUCUUUUAUUUUUAUUUUGUUUUUAUUUUUUUUUCUAUUAUUAUUAUUUAUUUACGACAAACAAAGAAGUUUAUGCAUGGUCGUUUUUUAAGGGAACCAUUGAAUUCUACUUUCAUUUGAGUAUUCAAAAUAUAGCAAGUAUGAAAUUAUACGUGCAUCUUUUAUCAGUGAAGUUGAUAAUUUAAGUGAAUAGUUGAUUAUAUCACCCUAUAAUUUCAAGAACAAAUUAAUUCGUUUAUCUGGGGUGGAAUCGGCUAAGGUGAUUGUUGAUAAAUGACAAUUAAAAUGAUUGAAUUUGAUCUAAAUGCUGCCACAAAAAAAUGUGAUAGUCAUUUUUAAACAAGUGUGUUUAUUCCGAAUAGAGCUACCAGACGUUUACACAAACGACUGGAAAAUUUUCUUAGUUCACUUUGGUUCUUUAAAAAAACACAUUCCUGUGACCGAUAAAGCUUACGACAUUCGAAAAAAAAAAAACAAAAGUAAGAAUUUUAUUCAAAAUCAGCCAAUUUGAAAUUUUUAUUUAGAUAUUUUAUAAGAAUCAAAUUAAAAUUUCACCAAGGCAAUAACGAAUUUUGACAAUUUGAAUGUGAAAUUGUUCAAUCGAAUUGAAUUGAGUGGAAUCAUCUUACACAGACGGAAUGAAAAUUAUAGUCAAUUUGAGUAUCAAAAAAAAAUGAUAGUCAACUAUCAGCUUAGCCGAUUCCACCCCUGUCUUCGCUUUGGGAAAAGUAGUUUAUUUUUAUAAAAAAAGAGUCCUAGGGAACUACUCGUAAAAACAAAAAUUAUACGGAUCGUUAAUCUUAACGCUAGUGGGUUUCUUUAGUUAAAUACAUUUGAAGGACUUUAGUAAAUCCUUACAAUUUCUGAACUUGUAAAAGAUUGGGACCUCGAUGUUGGAUUAAGAUAUAAAUUUAGGUGCAGCAGUUUAAAUUUUAAGUCUGUUCGACUUUUAAAAUCUUACAUGAUCUGAGUUCAAACCGGUGUAAGCCAGGUUGGU